AUGGCCCUUCACCAACCACUGCUGCAACCCUUGCAGGACCUCGCAGCGUCCUGUCCACCCAAUCCCCAGCAUUCCGGGCCCAUAUCCACGCAAGAGCUUACCGACAAGCUCUCUUCCAUAUGGCACUCCUACUCGAUCAGCCCCGAGCUGCCAGACGGCCUUGCAAAGAACCCGGAUAUAGUGAGGAGUGUUCUAGAGCUGAUAGGGAGAGAAUUUGUGGUGCUCGCAGUCAUCAAUGGACAAUUGCCCGAGCCCAGUGAGGAUGCCAGUGAAAAAGACAAGCAGGUCUUUCAAGUGGCCUUGCAAGAUCGUCUAGACAUCAUUCUCACGCUGUACGAAGUCGCAUUCAUUGCCAACCAAGAAUCACCAUCUCUCGAACCCGGAGCCCUCUUCAUCCCACUCCUCGAAGAACUUGUCGAACUCCUGUCCAUUACAACAUGGCGUCGCCUAUGGUCAUACAUCGAAACUCGUUCAAAGAGAUACACCAAAGGCAUGCUCCCGUCUCGAGGCAAAUCUCUACCGCUACUCCGAACUAUCAACGCUUUCUUGAGGUUUCUGCCGAGAACACCGAGUGAUCUGGUGUUUCGAGGAAGAAUACACCAGUUUGCGAGCUCCGUGUUCAGUGUGGCGGACAAGAGUGCAAUCAAUAUGAGGGGCGACUAUGGGGAGGUCAAGACGGUAUGGGAAGAAGAAGAGGCUCCGAGCGAGGAUAUCAAAGUGGAUGAAGAGGUCAAGGAAGAGACGGAAGAGAAGGGCGAUGUGGAUAUGGUGAAUGCGGAGGAGAAGGAAGCAGCUCCCCAACCCCUGACACCGGUCGCCCCGCCAGAAGCAGACUUUUACUCCACCCUCUGGUCUCUCCAACGAUACUUUGCCCACCCCCCGUCCCUCGACGGCCCUCCUGUUGGUUCGCCACCCCAAACGCCCUUCCAAACCUUCCGCCAAAAAUCCGGUCUCGUUCUCCCAAGACUCUUUGAGGAGACACAGAAGGAAAAGGAAUUGUCCGGCAAAGACGAGACUGUGGGCAAAAAGAGAAAGCGAGAAGACGGAGGGUUCUUCCACCCCCGCUAUCUCACCGGCAAGCGUCUCUUCUCCUACGAACUCCUCGACCCGUCCUUCCGCCGCCAGAUCCUCGUCCAGUACCUUAUCCUCUUUCAAUUCCUGCUCAACCUCACGCCCGCCCAUGCGGGCAAACAAGCUUUUACGGGCGGGAUGCCGAGGUCGUUUGUGCUGGAAAAGGCAGAUGAGGAGUGGGUGACGGCCAAGAUCAAAGAGAUCAGGGGGGAGAUGAAGAAGAUGUCGGGUGGAGCUGGGUUUGAGGAUACUAUUUUCAGUAUCAUUCGACAGGAGGCUCAUUAUGCGUCUUGGAAGAAUGAUGGCUGUCCGGAAGGUGCUUUCGAGAUACCGCCCCUCGACGCUUCGUCCAGCGCCAAAUCCGCCUCCGAAGAUUGGUCCAGGCGACUCAACGCGCCCUAUCCAUACUCUUUCAAGGUCGGCUCUAGGUCAUUAUCAAUGUUGUGGAGCAAUGGCUUCAAGAGCAUUGAUCAGUUGAAGGGCAAAGCGCCUGCGACGACGGUGGAGGGUUUGGAUGAGCUGAUAAGGAAAAUGGAGGAGGAUGAAGAAGAUGACAAGGCUAUGGGGCAGGUGGACCCUGAAAAGCUCGCUGCCAACAAAGAGCGCAAAACAACAGCCAACUGGCGUGCCCUCCGUCUUGCUUCUCAAACUUCGCUCAAACACUUCCCUGCUCUCAAACAACAGCGAUCUAUCCAUCUUUUACUGGAGACCAUCAAACAGUCCCAGGAGCCCAAAGCCCAGGCGCCGAAAGAUGGUCAGGGUGAAGUGAAAGUAGGCGAGAGUGAGGAGAAGGAAGGCGAAGAGGAGCAGAAGGAGAUUGAGAGUCAAGAAACAGCGGGAGAUGGGAAAGAGGGAGAGGUCGAGGGAGAGGCCAAGGACGAGGAGGCCAAGGACGAGGAGGCCAAGGACGAGGAGGCCAAGGACGAGGAGGCCAAGGACGAGGAUAAAGCGGGCGAGGGACAGGCUCCUGCUGAGCCGCCAGUCGAGAAAGAGGAGGUAGGAGAAGAUAAGCCUGAGGAGCUGCGGGAGACGACAGUCGACUCCGCCGUCACGACGGCCGGAGGAGAAGAACAGACAACGGCUCAAAUCGAAGAGCCCGAGGCGCAGGGCGAAGAACAGGGAGAUCUUGAUGCCAAGGAGGAGAGCCCGCAAAACGGGGAUGUUGUCAUGGAUCAGGCUUAG